AUGCACAAUUAUGUAUACGAAAAUGAGGAUCUGAUUAAUGCCGAAUUAAAAUGUGUUAUAUGUCAUCAGCCUAUUGAUAACCCAGUGAGUACUACCUGUAAUCAUACGUUCUGUAAAAAUUGUAUUACAGAGUGGUAUCGAAAUCAUCAGUCUUGUCCAAUAUGCCGACAGCACAUAAGUUCAUCUGAUUUAUCACCCGUAACUCUUCAUUUGGUGUUGAAUCAACUUAAUCGGCUGUCUGUGAAAUGUACUAAAUGUAAUCAAGGAAACAUUCAACGUGAUAAUUAUGAAUAUCAUCGACUACAAACGUGCCAAUUUCAAUGUGAAUGUGAAGAAAUUAUUAGACAAAGAGAUAUGUCUGAUCAUGAAAAGAUAUGUCGAAAACAAUUUAUAAAAUGUACAGCUGCUGAAUUGGGCUGUAUAUGGACUGCUCGACGAGAAGAAUUAUAUGAACAUACACUGACUUGCGUUCUGGUUAAUUCCAGUACUGGUCCGUGCGCGAUUUCGGAAAAUCGAGGCUCUAUCUCCGGUGGUUCAUCAUUGCAAAAGACUGGAUCAAUUGAUAUCGAGCGUAAUUCUUCUGCUGCUGAUGUGGUUUUCUAA